UAAACGACGUAGGACCAUAGGACCUCUGUAAGUGACCGGUUUUGAAGUGAAAGCAAAAAUCACGCUUCUACUAGCUUAACUAUAAGAUUUGUUACCUUUCACCAAUUUUUGGCCCAAGAAGUUACUCACAUUUAGUGAGGACUACCUUAAAAUGUUUGUAUCGACUGACGAAUCGCCACCUUCUUUUAAAAGCUACACUUUAUUAAUGCCAGCGGUAUCGGUUGGAAAUGUCGGGCAGCUUGCGGUAGACCUCAUCAUAUCCACUCUGCAGUUACCGAAGGUCGGUCAUUUUCACACCGACAGCCUUAUCCCGAUGGUGGGGAACAACCCAUAUGCGACUUCGGCAGAAAACGCUAACGAUUUGAGCACCAAUGCGGAAGUAUACUGUUCCAAAGAUCUGAAACUCGCUGUGCUCCAGAUAAGGACGCCUAUCAUUCAGACAAGGAUCAGACAGUUCCGGAAAAACAUUGUGUCCUGGAUUAAAUCCAGUGGAUUCAGUAAAACCGUUAUUCUGUCAAGUAGCCAUGCAUACCAAAGGGAUGACCAACAGCUUCAAGGCACCCCCCUGCGUUACCUGCUUACUCCAGCGCUACAGAAAGAGGCAGGGCAGAGGAUUCAAGAGCUGGAGUGGAGGGAGAUGGAGAAGGUGUCUACCUUCCCUGGCAUCAGCGACUCGGAGCAGAAACUCUACAUCCCCGGAGGAGGCGUCACCAAGGGUCUCUACACUGACUGCUGCGAUGAAGACAUCCGCAUGGCGGUGGUGUUGAUCUUCUGCUCAGAAGGAGACAACAUCCCUGAUGCCUUUGCCUUGGGGAACUACCUCAAUGACUGGCUCCACCUACUCGGCAAACCUGCCCAGGGCUCGCCUCAGUGGAACAUGCCCCCAUCCUGGAAACUGCUGUUCGGCAAUGGGAUCCCACCUGCAAUAUUCUAAAGCUGAACUGGACAAAGGACCCCUCUGAACCCGAUUCACAAAGACAGGCCCAUCACCCCUUACUUAGUCACUUAACUAUAGCUCAGCAAUUCCUCUGGAAGUAUCACACAAUGUUUAGAUAGAGACAUUCACAAAUAACUCCUUCAUUUGACAAAUUGCCUUGGAACUGAAAAAGCUCCAGGAGUAACAGAAGAACUGUCUGGACUUUGCUUAUUCUUGGAACAUUAUGAGCUCUGUCUCUUGAGCAUUUCCUUUUGUUUUCUGGAAGGUUGCCUAUGCUAAUCUGCUGACACAAACACUUGCUGACUGGAUGUCCUGUCACUUUCCCAGCAUGCUGCUUGUAUUGUAACAUAACACCACCCCCUCUGUUGGAGCAAGCGCUCUGUAGAAAAAGGGUGGGCACAAAUCACUGCUAUGAAUUCAGAAGUGAAAUUGGAUAACUUGUCAUAGUGUAGUGUGCCAGGAGGUGCUUAACUACAUACUGGAAAAAGAUAUUGUUAAUGUGUGAAGUGAAAUUGAAAAAACAAGAAAGCUUCAUUGUUAGAAACUAGAGGAUGCCAGUUUUAUUUGUAGGUUAUAGUCUCAAAUAAUGAAAUGUAAGACUUCAUUCAAAUUUCAUUCAAAGGGCAACUGGUCAUGGGCACAAUGUUUCUGUCUUUCAACCAAAUAACAAUGUUUCCCAUCA